CCAAUAAUUUCUCAGUCUCCCCAAGUCUUCCUUCAGACCAAACUUUAUCCACAGCCCCUUCUAAUCGCGUGUCAAAAACCCAUCCUUCCUCAACUCUUCAUCUUCAAACUCAAAAGGUUUUCCCCCUCUUCAUCUCCAUUAGCACAUCAAUCAAUCUCGUUUCAGCUCCAGCUUCAUCUUCAAAUUCUCAAAACAAUCAUCAACAGCACUGAAUUAGAGAGAGAAGGGAACAGUUAGAGAGAAAAAGAAAAAAGCUGAUGCUCAUCCAAAUAUUUUUCAAAUGACCUUAACAUUUUCUCCUUCUAUCUCUAACCCAGCCAUAACUUCAACAUUCCUCAGACCCUCUAAUGGGGAAACCCCAUAUUUCUCUUUCUUUCAAUUAAAAAGACCAUCUUUUCUUCGUAUCACUCAAAGAAGACUAAUUUCGAAUUCAAUCAAACCACCCAGAGCAAAACCCAAAGAAUUAAUCUUGGGAAAUCCAUCAGUUACAGUAGAGAAAGGUAAGUACAGUUAUGAUGUAGAAACACUAAUCAAUAAACUUAGUAGUUUACCACCAAGAGGUAGUAUUGCUCGUUGUUUAGAUGUUUUCAAGAACAAACUUUCUUUGAAUGAUUUUGUAUUGGUUUUUAAAGAAUUUGCUCAGAGAGGAGAUUGGCAAAGAUCACUUAGGUUAUUCAAAUAUAUGCAGAGACAAAUUUGGUGCAAGCCUAAUGAACAUAUUUAUACAAUUAUGAUUGGUCUACUUGGUAGAGAAGGAUUAUUGGAUAAAUGCGCAGAGGUAUUUGAUGAAAUGCCAGCUCAUGGAGUUUCGAGGAGUGUGUUUUCAUUUACUGCUUUGAUUAACGCUUACGGUCGGAACGGUCAGUAUAAGGUUUCACUUGAGCUUCUUGAUAGAAUGAAAUCAGAAAGGAUUUCGCCUAGUAUUUUAACUUAUAAUACUAUAAUCCAUGCUUGUGUUAGAGGUGGAUUGGAUUGGGAGGGUUUAUUAGGAUUAUUUGCACAAAUGAGGCAUGAUGGAAUUCAACCGGAUCUUGUAACUUAUAAUACUUUACUUGGUGCUUGUGCUAGUAGAGCAUUGGGUGAUGAGGCAGAAAUGGUUUUUAGGGGUAUGAAUGAAGCUGGAAUUGUUCCAGAUAUUACUACACAUGCUUAUCUUGUCGAAACAUUUGGGAAAUUAGAGAAACUUGAGAAGGUUUCUGAGCUUUUAAAGGAGAUGGAGUCAGAAGGGAAUUUGCCUGAGAUUACCUCCUAUAAUGUGUUAUUGGAGGCUUAUGCUGAUGCUGGGUCUAUAAAUGAAGCCAUGGGUGUAUUUCGACAGAUGCAGUCGGCAGGGUGUACGCCGAAUGCUGUGACUUACAGUAUUUUAUUAAAUUUGUAUGGGAGAAACGGGCGGUAUGAUGACGUACGUGACCUUUUUCUGGAGAUGAAAGUGAGUAAUACAGAACCAGAUGCCACAACUUAUAACAUUCUUAUACAGGUUUUUGGUAAAGGGGGUUAUUUUAAGGAGGUGGUUACUUUGUUUCAUGAUAUGGUGGAAGAAAAUGUUGAACCAGAUAUGGAAACUUAUGAGGGUUUGAUAUUUGCUUGUGGGAAAGGUGGGCUUCAUGAAGAUACUAAACGAAUUCUCUUGCACAUGACUGAGAAAGGAGUUGUGCCAAGCUCUAAAGCUUAUACAGGAGUUAUUGAAGCUUAUGGACAGGCUGCAUUGUAUGAGGAGGCUCUCGUAGCAUUCAAUACGAUGCAUGAAGUUGGGAGCAGCGCAACUGUUGAAACAUACAAUUCGCUGAUACAUACAUUUGGUAGGGGUGGGCUAUACAGGGAAUGUGAAGCGUUACUCUAUAGGAUGGGUGAGACUGGUGUCGGUAAGAAUACUUACACAUAUAAUGGAUUGAUUGAGGCUUUUAGACAAGGAGGUCAGUUUGAGGAUGCGCUGAAGGCUUAUGUAGAGAUGGAAAAGGCAAGAUGUGUUCCAAAUGAAUGGACCCUUGAGGCAGUUUUAAGUGUUUAUUGCUCUGCUGGUCUUGUUGAUGAGAGCAAGGAGCAAUUUCAGGAAAUUGUAUCUUCAGGGAUUGUGCCAAGCGUCAUGUGCUACUGUAUGUUGCUGUCUGUGUACGCAAAAGGUGACAGGUGGGAUGACGUCCAUGAGUUGCUGGAAGAGAUGAUUACUAAUCGUGUUUCCAAUGCUCAUCAAGUAAUAGGGCGGAUGAUAAAAGGGGAGUACGAUGAUGACUCUAACUGGCAGAUGGUAGAGUAUGUGUUCGAUAAAUUUACAUCCGAAGGUUGUGGUUUGGGGUUAAGAUUUUACAAUUCGCUUUUAGAAGCAUUGUGGUGGUUGGGCCAAAAAAAACGAGCUUCUAGAGUUCUCCAUGAAGCUACAACACGAGGUCUGUUCCCGGAGUUGUACCGUAAGAGCAAUCUCGUGUGGUCAGCCGAUGUCCAUAGGAUGUCAGUAGGUGGUGCUCUUACUGCCACUUCAAUCUGGCUCAUUGAUGUGCUUGACAUGUUAAAAAAUAAGGAGGAUCUCCCUCAUCUGGCAUCUGUUGUAGUAGUGCGAGGAGAGAUGGAGAAGAGCUCUAUAACAAAGGAAUUCUCCAUUGCAAAAGCAGUAUAUUCGUUUCUGAAUGAUAGUGUCUCAACAUUGUUCUGUUUUCCUGGGUGGAACAAAGGCCGUGUGAUAUGCCACAGGGCUCAGCUAAAACGUAUUCUGUCAGGGUUUGCACAGUCAUCCACAGAUGAGUCCACCACCACAACAGAGAACUUCAUUACUUUAAAUGACUCCACAUUUCCAGAUCCAGGAUCACCCGCAAAUAAUUUCAGCGACGGCCAAAAUGUUGAGCCAGAUAUCGAUAGAGGAAUUAGAAAGUCAAAGGUUAUGACAGCCACAGUGUAGAAGAAGAUGAAGCUAAAUCACGAAUCAACAAGAACAGUUUAGUUUGUCUCCUUCGCAGACGGGUCCUCUCUUCUCCAUUGUGGUAAAUUUUGUGGAAGUAAAGACAGUGUAGCUAGCUUAGCGUUAAGUUUCGAUACAGGUUCAUGUAAUUGCCACACUGAUAUAGCAGUUGGGCAUCUCAACAAGGUGUUCUUCGUUCCGUAGUUGAUGAGCCAUUACUAGAUUAGACAGAAAUGGGAAGAUUAGUUUAAGAAACUAGAAACAAGGGAAGAAAGAACCAGUAGACUUUAAUUAGGUUUUUAUGUUCUCAGCAGGAAGCAAUUUUGUUGUCAAGAUGUAUCAUGUUUGUAAUCUUGUACAGUUGAUAGUUCACCAUGUUUCCUGAAUGUUGUAUUGAGUUAAUUUUUAGUCACAUGAUUUGCAUCCAAAAA